UGCUGUGAUAUUCAACUGUCGUUGAGACAACAUGCACUUACGUUAAAGAAAUUUCAAGUGCAACACGUUUUAAUACCAAAAGAUUAAUAUGUUUUUUUCUCUUUUGGUUUUUGCAGUUGUACUUACAACUAUUUUUGGAUUACUUCAUUCGCAAACGGCGCGUGAAAAACUGUAUCUACAGACAUUUUACAUACGAUCUUCCGAGAUCGGUAAAUCUUUUUUACAAUUUAUUGGGUUACUUUCCGAACAAAGAAAUACUAACGUAAUCGAAUUAUGCAAUGUCCUUGAAACUAUUGAACCAGAAGUAUCAAAUUUGGAAAGAAUUAUAUCCUCGGAGUCUAUACAAAAUUUAAAUAAUAUUAAAGUGGAGGAAACAGAAGAACCUAAUGAAUCAACCAGUGACUCAGUGGAGAAUCAACAAGACGACGAUGAUUGUAAAACGAAACAGAUGAUAACGAAUAAUCACGAAGAAGUAUUUGAAGCGAUUAAUGCUUCGUUAAAAAGGUUGUCCACGUCGGCAAACUCGGUUAAGGUAAAUGGGACGCAGCUAUAUAAUCUACUUUUACAAGAGAUGUAUUUGCACCAUAAGGCAAUGACCGAUGUAAAUAAUGUGGAAACUACAAGUGUACAGGGACCUUGUAACGAGGCUAUUAUCGAAGUAAAGGAAGUUGAGACACAAUUAGGUUCAACGAAUCAAAAGCCAAGAAUGUAUUUUGGAGAGUCACCUUUAGAUUAUGUACCACACCAAAAAUAAAUAUUAAUAUAUAAAAUUAAAUAUUAUAAAAAUAAUGUUAUAUAGAUAUACUUAA